CAGUGCUUUAGGCGAAUGGCAUCCAUAGUGGCGGAAAACCGAGGCCAGAUAUUGCGGAUCCAAGACCUCGGAUGGAGGACUACCGCUUACCCUGUGAGCAAACCGAGAGUUGGGAUAUUUUAUUUCUUAUGAAGUUCGUUGAACCAUAUUAACUGGAAGAUCUGAAAUUGAUGAAUUAGAUUUAGAAUUUUUACUUGACAAACUGAUAGUACGGAAGCAGGUUCUACAACGAACCAACUUACCUCGAUUUCUUCUACUUCACAUCUGCUCCUACUUUUAGAUAGAAGGAGGUCAACAUUCCACGGUUAAUGUCCAUAAUGAUCGAUGUCCAUUCCCUACCCUCUAAUCACUCACGGCCGGCGGAUUUCUGUGAUGUUUGGGACUCAUCCACGUGCGAUCCAGCAAUUGGAGGAGUUCUGGAACCACAACAGUGUCUGUAAUGAAAACCUCCACGAGAGGAUGUAG